UAAAUGAGAUCCAUUUAGGUUGUUCUGAAUAAUUUUUGAGUGAGAAUCAUGCAAGUAAUUUAUUCAAUGGUUCAACAUUGCAUCAAAGAAAAAUUUUGGUAUGGUAGGGAAGAUUUAUGGCACUUUGGAGUGGCACAGCUAUUGCUAUUGUAUCUCUUUCAGAAGUUCAAGCACUUGUUUCAGUCAGAAGUUCACUUUUUGUUGACAUUGGUUUCAGGUGCAUCUGCUGUCCGUGAGCUGCCUCCACAGCAGUUCUGCAGGCAAGGUUUCGUGUUAGGAAAAUCAUCAGAAGCAGGAUUUGGGAACGAAAUGUACAAGAUGUUAACUGCUGCUGCAUUAAGCAUAAUGUUGAACCGGUCCUUGAUCAUUGGGCAAACCAGGCAUAUUGGUUCUUUCUCAAUCCUUUCUGUUCUACAUCAAAAUUUUCCUAUCUACAUAACUAUUUAUUUUUGCAAACUUGGUUUACUCAGACUGGGUGUUGAAGAAGGCACUCCAUGUUAUACUCAUUGUUCCAGGGAAUACUCCCUGAGAAACCAGACAGAUUCGGUGUUAACAAUUCUUUUCUUCUCUUUCUUCAGGGGUAAAUAUCCUUUUGGAGACUACAUUUCUUAUUCCAACCUUACGUUUACCUUGAAAGAAAUCAAGCAUCUUUGGAGAAAAAACGAUUGUGUAAAGAAGUACAAAAGGCAGUUGGUUAUGAGGAUUGAUGAUUUUGAGAAGCCAGCAAAGACAAAUGCCCUCUGUAGCAAUUGGAGGGAUUGGGACCAACCUAUUAUAUGGUUUCAGGGUACCACAGAUGCCAUAGGAGCUCAAUUUUUCUUGAAGAAUGUACAUUCUGAGAUGAGGAGUGCUGCUUAUGAGUUAUUUGGAAAGCCAGAAUCUCUGCGAUCUCAACCUAACAUAUUUGGGGAGCUAAUGAGAGUACUCAUAUCCCCUUCUAAAGAUGUUGAGGAAGCGGUCAAUUGGGUUCUAGACGGUGUUGGGGAGCCUGAUAUUACAUUGCACAUGCGGAUGCUUAUGAAUAGGUAUUCUGACUGAACAUCUAGAGAAAAUUUCUCAUUGGUUGAUAAUGAUGCUUAAUAACAAUAAAAUUCCCUACCAGCAUAACUAGAUAUCAAUAAAGUAAGAAAGAAGAUGGAAGAGAUGUGUAUCAUCCUAAUAAUUUGAAACCACAAUGCGUGCUUACAUUAGAAAGCAAGAAACCACUUUUGGCAAUAUGACAGGUGAGACUGUUUUGUAUAUGUGCUAAAAAUAGACUUGGCCUUCUUAGAAAGGCACUUAUAUAUUUAUGAAUGCCAACUGACAUAAUCGAAAACUUAUUAUUAUGAUAUCUCUGCUGGUCUGUGUUUCAGAUCUGUAAGAGCAGUACAGGCAGCAUUGAACUGCAUCAGAAGAGCCAUGCACAACUUACAGCUAAGGUCAAAACCCAGGGUGGUUGUAGUGUCUGAUACCCCCUCUCUCGUAAAAAUCAUAAAACCAAAUAUAAGUGAAUUUGCAGAGGUAAUAAAUUUGAUAUUCACAGAAUAAGAUUGUAGAGUUAGAGUGCUGUAAUGCCAUGUUACCCAUGCCUUAAUUAAUCUACACAUUUGGAUCCAGUACCCCUAGGUUAGGCCUAAAGAUCCUAAGAAUUGCCCUUUUAUAUAUUCUGAUAUGGCUGUGCUCUUUUUAGGUUCUCCAUUUUGAUUAUAAGGCUUACAGAGGUAAUAUCUCUAGUAAAGCUAAUGGUUUGCCAACCAUAGAUUUUAGAGUGAAAGAUUGGGGUCCAGCACCUAGAUGGGUUGCUUUUGUAGACUUCUUUCUUGCCUCUCGGGCAAAACUUGCAGUUGUUUCUGGAGCACAUAGACGUGUUGGGACUACAUACGCGCAGUUAGUUGCAGCACUUGCAGCAGCAAAUAGUAUUGGUAUUUUCUUUUUUC